AUGCUCGGAAUCAGCGGCCUGGUGGCCUCACCCACCAUCGACCUCUCCUCGCCAACAAAGAGCAGACAAAGGCCGGGCUCGCGCAUUCCGUCGUCCACCAGCGCCACCACUCUCGUCGAGUCCGCCAGCCCCGCACUCACGCGUACAGCAGUUUCCCUAGAGUAUGCCGCGCUCAGAUACACCGGGCACUGCCCUCUGGGCAUGUAUAUCACCCCCUCGGUGACAGAUCUCUUAGUUUGGGACGCCGUCUUCUUCGUGCACCAAGGCUACUACACCGACUCCAUUCUUAAAUUCCGACUAACGUUCCCGCCCAAUUACCCCGAGCGUCCGCCUGUGAUCCAGUUCCUGACAGAUGUCUUCCACCCCCUCAUCUCGCAGCAGGACGGUAUGUUCAACUUGGCGCCGCGUUUCCGACCGUGGAGACCUAAAGAGCAUCACGUAUUUGACGUCCUUCACUGGAUCAAGGCGGCAUUCAAAAAGCAGGCGCUCGACGAGAUCAAAGAAUCCGAGUGCCUGAACAAGGAGGCCUACAGGCAAAUUGUAAGACCUUUUCUCGUGCUCCUGGCCUCAUCUAUGCUCUCACAGUCUGCUUCUGCACUGUUUGACAGCGACCAUCCCUCCAUGGCUGGAAAGGGUCCGCAAGGAAUGCAUUUUCAUGAGUUGAAGCCCAAUCAAUUGGAUACACUCCGUGCCAAGCUCGGUCUACAAGACUGGCAUGAAGCCACAAUUUCAUGA